AUGAACGACCACAAAGUGGAUUAUCCUUCCUUCUCUGAAUUCGUUAGCUUCAUUGAGCUAGUUUCCAGAGAAAAGAAUGACCCAAACUUGUGUUUAAACGCCCUCGAAGGUGACCGGCCAGGCGAGAGAAAUCGUGAUAGACCGGGACAGUCAUAUAAGACUGCCAUACCAGAUGCCGGCCAGGGGACCAAAUCCCCCCCGACCCCAGUCGUUGGUGUGUAGUUCACCGGAGACCACACCCCCUUAACCAAUGCCGUGCCUUCCGAGCCAAACCGAUCGACCAACAAAAAAUUUGUUGAAGCAAUACGGUAUAUGUUACCGUUGCGUUGCUUCAAGUAGUCACAUAGCAAAGGACGGUAAGACUCCAGUCAAGUGAAUCGAAUGUCAUAGUGAUAAACACAUAUCAGCCCUUCAUGGAGGAAGACCACCGGCAUUAGGAAAGCCAAACGAAAGCAAGGAAAACACACUAAUUGGGAAUAUUGGAACACCACCAAAGCCGGAGGAAGUUAAAGGUCACGGCGAGGAGACCGCUAAAGUAAAUACUAAAUGUAUUGAUGUUUGCGGACAACAAUCGGGAGGAAAAUCUUGUGCCAAAAUAUGUCUGGCUCACGUUUUUGUCCAUGGUCAAACGGAGACUAAGAUACGAGCCUACGUCGUCAUUGACGACCAAAGUAACUGUUCGUUGGGCAAAUCAGUGUUGUUUGAUCAAUUAAAUCUGCGGGGAGAGCCAUUCACUUACACACUACAGACGUGUGCAGGACAGAGCGAGGUCAAGGGACGACGAGCAAAGCGUGUCAUGAUUUAA